GACGGAGCCAAAGGAUUUCCCCCACCAACGAAACCAGAUCGCUGGGCUCUGAUAAGUCCCCUGAAGAUAACAAUACCGCAGUACUAUCUCUAUCGGAGUUAGCAGGUAUCAGGGCUGUGGUAGAUACUAGCAAGGUUCCCCGGCUUUUGUACGACACAGGAUCACGAUUACCGGCGACCACAGCGAUAGACGCUGAACAAGGAGCUGGAUCGAGUCUCGAGCCGUUCUCUGUACAUAAUGCGAAUAUGAUAUAGGUAUCCAUCCCAUCACCCAGCUCCGACGGCAGACUCGACACCCAGCACCGCAACCUGAACAGUCAACAGGGUGAAUCACAAUCUGCUUGUCUUUUUUUUUUCCCCGACAGUCCAGCCCCUGAAGCACGCAGCAAAAAUGGCAGAUACCGCCAAACAACCCGAUCGAAAGGACGACAGCGACUACAUCAAUGCCGGAUCCAUGGAGGCCGGCGAGGUUGGCGACCUGAAAGGGGCCACCAACCGAGAGUUGGACGAGGCUGCCAAAUACCUGGCUGGCCACGACGAGUUUGGCCCCAUGAGCCCGGAGAUGGAAAAGAAGCUGGUCAAGAAGAUCGAUGCAUGGAUUCUGCCGCUUGCUCUCAUCACGGCAACCCUCGGCGCGGUGGACAAAGUCCAGCUCGGCACGGCUGCCCUCUACGGAUUCCGCGAGGACAACCACCUUGUUGGCCAGCAGUACAGCUGGCUGGGCAGUAUUUUACCCCUGGGAACAGUCUGUGGCAUGUUCCCGGCCGCGUAUCUCGUCCAGCGUUUCCCGCCCGGCAAGCUGCUUGCGUGUGCAUCCCUCACCUGGUCGGUCCUCACUUGCCUGUACGCGCCAUGCCGGAAUUGGGCUGGCUUCAUGGCCCUCCGCUUCAUCCUCGGCUUCCUCGAAUCGGCCAUCUCGCCCUGCCUCACCAUGAUCGCCGUCAGCUUCUACAAGAAGAGCGAGCAGGCACCCCGGAACGCAAUCAUCUUCGCCUACUUCUCGUCCAUCCUCAACGGCUUCUUCGCCUUCGUGGUCGGCAAGAUCCCGGACUCGGCGCCGCUCUUCAAGUGGCAGUACCUCUACAUCAUGACGGGCAGCAUCAACCUUGCCUGGUCCCUCUUCCUGAUCUUCGUCAUGCCCGACAGCCCCAUGAACGCGCGCUUCCUGACGGCCGAGGAGAAGUACCACGCGACGAAGCGGCUGGCUGAGAACCGCACGGGCAUCGCCAACAAGGUCUGGAAGUGGAACCAGUUCUUCGAGUGUUUCAUGGACAUCCGCAUCUGGCUCAUCUUCUUCUUCGACAUCGUCAUCAACAUCCCCAACGGCGGCCUCCAGACCUUCGGGUCGAUCAUCAUCAGCAACCUCGGCUUCAGCGCGCUCGAAUCGAGUCUGUUGACCAUGCCGUUCGGCGUGCUGGCCACCACGGGCGCCUGGAUCUUUGGCUACAUCGCCGUCAAGUGGCACAACCGACGCAUCGCCACGGCCUGCCUCGCCCUCAUCCUGCCGCUGAUCGGCACGUCGGUCGUGUAUGCGGUGCCGCGAUUCCACACCGCCGCGCAGAUGGUGGGCCUGUACCUCAUGUACUUUUACUGGCCCCCAUACGUGGUCGGCAUCUCCCUCCUGCAGGCCAACACGGCCGGGCAGACCAAGAAAGCGGUCGCCUACAGCUGGGUCAACAUCGGCUACGCCGUGGGCAACCUGAUCGGCCCGCAGACGUUCCGGGCCGACCAGGCGCCGACCUACACGGGCGGCGUCAUCACCAUGCUGGCCUGCUACUGCGCCAGCAUGGCGCUGCUGGGCUGCUACUGGGCCAUCUCGGCGUGGGACAACAAGCGCAAGGACGCCAAGUACGGCGCCGCGCAGCGCGUGGACGAGAGCGGCUUGGACGGGUUCGUGGAUAUCACCGAUAAGGAGCAGGAGGGCUUCCGGUAUACUACGUAAGGUUACUAGUAGUACUGCGCAGGGAGGUCAUCGCAGGGAUGGAAGGCUUCCUCCUGUAAGGCAGUUAGGGAGGGGAAGCGUAAUACGACUUCGGAGACAUGGAAUCUUACUGCUAGUAUUGGGUAUCAUGAGAACCGGCGAGGAAGAGCAACAGCCAAGAGCGAGAGAGUACUAUCAGCAGUUGAACAUUGGUCUUAGUACAUAGUAUCUCUCAGGUGCGCAGCAACAGGCAAGCUCCUUACCUUGGUCAUAUUAAGAGACCUCCACUGCCGGGCCCUGACAUGUUGUUAUUGUAUUGUACUUGUACUCGUACCUGUACCCUACGCCAAGCUAAU